GGGGCCUGAGGAGGCAGCUGCGGGCCUGACAGCGGAGGAAGCGGUGGUGAGGGAGCACUGAGGAGGGAGUAACCCUUCCCGUCCGGCCUGGAAGAGAGGCGGCGGAGCUUGAGCCGAGCCUUUUGGCAAGCGACGUGGUGCAAGAAGCGUGGAGAGAAGAGCUUGUUUGUGUUUGGGGCUGGGAAGGGGGAGAGUCGGGAUGAAGGGAGGGAACGUUAAGACUCCAGCGGCUUUUGCUGGUCGGUGUUGCCGAUGCCUGCCUUGGUGCUGGUGUGAAAGCAAAGAAAAUGUCACCUCUCCAGAAUUCGGAGGGCUCGUGUUCUGAGGUAUUCCAGAUACCUCAGAGGAAUCGUGAAAUGCGGAUCGUUAGCCCUGUUUGCGUGUCAUCCCUAGCCCGGGUUCGUGCUGUUAAAGGUGGGGGGAGAAUGUCUGUCACAAUCACACACACGAAUCCCCGAGGACGUUUGAAACAGAUCUUUUGUUGCUUGAAGUAAUUGCAAACGAGGGAAACAAUCUUUAAUUGAACUAGACAAUGAAGGCUGCUUCAAGAGAAUUUUUCUUAAUCCUGAAGUUUGCGCUAAGCGAAAAUGGGAUAGAACGUAAUAACUAUGUAAGUCCAAGCUCUGAAAAGAGUUCUGAAGAAAAACUUGUUACCGGGAUCCGGCGACCUAGGUUGAUCUAAAUUCUUUUUCUAACUAGCGGUGGAUUCGGUAUUUCUUCAUUGGUUGUAAAGGGUUAACAAGAUGUUUGCUGGUUCAGAUUUGCCAUUAAAAAUUGACGAACUGGAAAAAGAUUUUUUAAAAUAACGAAUUUAAUGGCUUACACAGAAAAUAAACACACACUUUUCUCUUUUUUUAAACAAGCUUCAAGAUUUGUUGAUAUUAAGCAUUCAAAAAUUAGUGGGCUUUUAUGUUGAAUUCUUUUUCUUUUAAAAAAUUAGCAUUUCGUAUAUACUUGUAUUCUGCUACUAUGUAAUAUGUCUUUUCAAAUAAUCCCUGGAAUCCAACAUGUUAAUACACUAAAAUAUGCUGGGCUGUUCCCUCUUUGGUGGUUUGUGUUGGAAGCAAGUCAGGGUAAAGAUAAAAACAGUUGGAAGAAAUUGCAAAAUCUAAUUUUUUUUAUUGUUUUCGCGAUGUGUUUAUUCAUGUUACACAGUCAUUAUUUUGAAUAUUGGUUAAUUUUUAGUUUUGUAAUUUUUGUGUCUUGUUACGGAAGAGUGUAUACAGCAGAUACUACACUUUAAAAGAUGCUUCUUACAGUCCAUCUCUUUGUGCUUCAUGGCUGUCUUAUUUUCUCUUGGGUGCUCUUAAGAAAGUGAUUUCUGGAAAUUUUUUUUUUUUUAUGUAGUGAAAGAAAAUGAGAGACAAAUAGUGUAGUGGAAGGAGAAUAGGCUUUGGAAUCAGAAGAUCUGGAUUCGAAUCCCUGUUUUCCUCUUACUGUAUAGGUGAACUUUUGCUUUGUGUUAUUCUUGGAAAAUUUCGCACCACUUGUGAAUUCCUUGAACCUGGGCAUUGCAAACCCACUUCUGUUGGGCCCAUCUCCUUUGCACUUUGCUCAGAUUAAGACUCAGUUGGCGCUUCAGCAGCUGAAUGCCGUUGCCUCACAUAGCUCAGCACCACCUUAUACCUUAUUAAAUCAGGCUUUCUUGAAAAUAGCCAUGUCGAGACCCAGGUUUAAUCCUCGAGGGAACUUUCCACUUCAGAGGCCACGAGCACCUAACCCUUCUGGGAUGAGGCCUCCAGGACCAUUUAUGAGGCCUGGAUCUAUGGGUCUUCCAAGAUUCUACCCAGCAGGGAGAGCCCGUGGCAUUCCACACAGAUUUGCUGGCCAUGAAUCUUACCAGAACAUGGGACCACAGAGAAUGAAUGUUCAGGUAACUCAACACCGAACUGAUCCAAGAUUGACCAAAGAAAAAUUGGAUUUUCAUGAAGCACAGCAAAAGAAGGGGAAGCCUCAUGGUAGCCGGUGGGAUGAUGAGCCUCAUUUAUCUGCAUCAGUGGGAGUGAAACAGAGCUCUAUAACACAGGUUACAGAGCAGAGUCCUAAAGUGCAGAGCCGCUAUACAAAAGAGAGUGCCUCAAGUAUCUUAGCAAGUUUUGGAUUAUCUAAUGAAGACUUAGAAGAACUUAGUCGUUAUCCUGAUGAACAGCUGACACCUGAAAACAUGCCAUUAAUUUUAAGGGAUAUAAGAAUGAGAAAAAUGGGGCGCCGAUUACCUAAUUUACCUUCACAGAGCAGAAAUAAAGAAACGCUUGGUAGUGAGGCAGUUUCAAGUAAUGUGAUUGAUUAUGGGCAUGCAAGCAAAUAUGGUUACACAGAAGAUCCACUUGAAGUACGUAUUUAUGAUCCGGAAAUUCCAACUGAUGAGGUCAAGAAUGAAUUUCGGUCACAGCAGAGCAUUUCUGCAUCUGUUCCAGCUCCAAAUGUGAUAUGUAAUUCUAUGUUUCCUGUUGAAGAUGUAUUUCGACCAUUGGACUUCCCCAGUGAGUCCUCCAAUAAUCAAUCCUUUUUCCCAGUUGAGAGUGGAACCAAGAUGUCAGGCUUACAUAUUUCAGGAGGACAGUCAGUCCUUGAACCUGUAAAAUCCGUUAACCAAUCAGUUAACCAGACAAUGAAUCAGUCUCUGAUUCCUCCCUCUAUGAACCAGCAACCUUUUUCAUCGGAAUUAAUUUCAGCUGUAAGCCAACAAGAACGAAUCCCACAUGAACCUGUGAUUAAUUCAUCUAAUGUACAUGGACCAUCAGGAGGAAGUAAAAAGAAUUACCAGUCAGAGGCUGACAUUCCCAUUCAAUCUCCCUUUGGGAUUGUGAAAGCAUCAUGGCUACCAAAGUUUUCACAUGCUGAUGCCCAGAAGAUGAAAAGACUUCCAACACCUUCUAUGAUGAAUGAUUAUUAUGCAGCAUCUCCAAGAAUAUUUCCACAUUUGUGUUCUCUGUGUAACGUAGAAUGUAGUCAUUUGAAGGAUUGGAUUCAGCAUCAAAAUACAUCCACUCAUAUUGAGAGCUGCCGACAGUUACGUCAACAGUAUCCUGAUUGGAAUCCUGAGAUCCUCCCAUCAAGAAGAAAUGAGGGCAAUAGAAAAGAAAAUGAAACACCAAGAAGACGUUCUCAUUCCCCCAGUCCUAGACCUUCUAGGAGAUCAAGCCCAAGUCACAGAUUGCAUCGAUCUCGAAGCCCAAUGCGUUAUAUAUACAGACCGAGAAGUCGAAGUCCUAGAAUUUGCCAUCGUUUCAUUUCUAGAUACAGAUCUAGAUCCCGUUCACCAUAUCGAAUGAGACAUCUAUAUAGAGGUAGUCCAAAAUGCUACCGAUCAGUUAGCCCUGAAAGAACAUUACGGAAAUCUGUGCGAUCAUCAGAUAGGAAAAAAGCAUUAGAAGAUGUAGUACAACGAUCCGGGCAUGGGUCAGAAUUCAAUAAACAGAAGCAUCUUGAAGCAGUUGAUAAAGGAAACUUACCAGCACUAAAGCCUAAAACUGUUAGUGGAUCAAAAACAUCAGUUAAAUCGACAACCUCUACCAAGAGUGAUUCAAAUUUAGGACAUUCUACUCGUUAUAAAUCUAAGAAUGUUGAAGAUGACACCUUACCAGAAUCUAAACAAGUUUCUGAUAAAGCUGUUUCUCUCCAGCGUAAGCUUCGGAAAGACCAGUCUUUGCAUUAUGGUUCAGUUCUUCUUAUAUCUGAAUUACCAGAGGAUGGCUGUACUGAAGAAGAGAUUAGAAAAAUAUUUCAACCAUUUGGAAAAGUUAAAGAUGUCCUUAUUGUUCCAUAUAGAAAGGAGGCUUACAUAGAAAUGGAGUUUAAAGAGACAAUUACUGCAGUAAUGAAGUUUGUUGAAACAACACCUAUUCUUAUAAAAGGGAAAACUGUGAAAGUAUGUUUUCCAGGAAAGAAAAAACCACAGAACAAAGAGGUGAAAAAAAAGACAGCAGAUUCAAAGAAAACAUCUGCAUCUACUUUAAAAAAAGAUGCAGAUGCUUCCAAAGCUGCUGAAACUGUGACUUCAACUUCUGCUACCAAAACUGGACAGACCAAGACAACUGUAACCAAAGUGAACAAAUCUUCAGGGAAGUCAGCAGGUUCUGUAAAAUCUGUGGUAACAGUAGCUGCUAAAGGUAAUAAAGCUUCAGUCAAAACAGCAAAGUCUAGUGGAAAGAAGUCUUUGGACGUCAAAAAGGCUGGCAUUGUCAAAAACAAAGACACCAGUAAAACUCUGACACCUGUUCAAGGAAACUCUGAAAUAAAGACAAGAAUGGAAGCCAAACCCACUGAAAAUAGUGCUAAAGAAAUGAUUUCAGAUGCUGCUUUGGAGGCCACGGAAAAUGAACCAGUUAACAAGGAAGCAGAGGAAAUGUGUGUGGUACUUAUUACUAAUUUGCCUAAUAAAGGAUAUUCUGUAGAAGAAGUUUACAACCUAGUAAAACCAUUUGGUGGUUUAAAGAAUAUUUUGGUUUUGUCAUCUCAUAAAAAGGCGUUUAUAGAAAUAAAUAGAAAAUCUGCAGAUUCUAUGGUAAACUUUUAUACAUGCUUCCCAAUAUCAAUGGAUGGAAACCAACUUUCAAUAAGUAUGGCUUCAGAAAACAUGAAUAUAGAAGAUGAGGAAGCUAUAUUUGCAACUUUGAUUAAAGAAAGUGACCCAGAGGCAGAUAUAGAUAAAAUUUAUAGUCGAUUUGUACAUCUUGAUAACUUACCAGAAGAUGGACUUCAGUGUGUACUUAAUGUUGGACUUCAGUUUGGAAAAGUGGAUCACCACAUAUUCAUGAGUAAUAAAAACAAGGCAAUUCUUCAGCUUGAUAGUCCUGAAUCUGCUCAUUCUAUGUACAGCUUUCUGAAACUAAAUCCACAAAACAUAGGGGACCACAUAUUGACCUGCACAUUAUCUCCAAAGAUUGAUUCAUCAGAGACUCAAGCUGAGAAAGACCCAGAACUAGGAAGAGAAAGCCCUGACUUGAAAAACAGUCCUGUUGAUGAAAGUGAGGUGCAGACAGCAGCUGAUAGUCCCUCUGUUAAACCUAGUGAGGUUGAAGAAGAAACAGUUGUCAACAUUCAAACAGAAACUUCUGUACAACAGGACGAGCCUUGUGAGGAAGAACCUGAAAAAGUGCUAUGUGACACUGACUUUACUUUUGAAACAUUGGAAAUUGAAACUCAAGAAGAGGAGGUCAAAGUGGAAUUUCCUCUUGUAGCACCCACUCCAGCCAGUAUUGAAUUAUUCACUGAAAAUGUAGAGGAAUCCGUUUUAAAUCAGCAGGUAUAUACUAGUGACUUUGAUAAGGAAGAGGCAGAAAUUAUUAACCCUGAAACAGAAUUAUCAACAUCUGACAGUGCAUUUGUGGACGAAAGGAAUAUCAAAAGAAUUCUGGAAGAAUCUCCAUCUGAUGCAGAAGAUUUCUUUUCUGGGAUUACACAGUCUAUGAUAGAAGCUGUAGCUGAAGUGGACAAACAUGAAGCUGUUUCAGAAGUAGUACCAUCUGCUUGUGUUAUGGCCUUAGUACCAGGAAUUUCUACUGGGGAUGAGAAGUCACUGAACAAAAAGGGAGUUUCUGAAAUUAGUAAUAUGGAUGAAAAGGAGGAGAAUGAAUGCAAUACUAAGGAAACCAGAAUGGAUCUGCAGAUGGGAACGGAGAAGUCAGAAAAAAAUGAUGCUAGGAUGACAGUGGAGAAGUUGGAAAAGAUUAUGACAGCAGUGAAAGAAAAGCCUGCAGAAAAUGCUGUGAUCAAGGUAUAUCCAAAUAAAGGAGUAGGUCUGACCAAUAAGCCUGAUGAAACUAGUAAAACUAGUGUGCUGGCUGCAUCAAAUGCAUCUAGCAGUAAAUCAGCUAUCAAGGCUGGCCUGUUCUCUUCUCCAAAGACAAAAGCUACAACUUCAAGAUCUGAAAAUCAGAAAAGUUUUUUAAGAUCUGUAUUCACAGAAAAGAAACUUUCAGCCAAGGAAUUUGGUCUGUUUAAACCUGCAAGUGCCAGAUCAGGCUUGGCUGAAAGCAGCAGUAAAUUCAAAUCUACUCAGAGUGGUGUCACCAGAGGAGGCAGUGGAAGGAUCUCAGCCCUGCAAGGAAAGGAUUCUAAAGUGGAUUACUGGGAUUUUACAAAACAGUCUCAGGAAACAGAGGCUAGAUCUUCCAUCAUGAAACGGGAUGACAGCAACAAUAAGACUUUGUUUGGGCAAAACACUAAGAAUCCUAAAAGCACCACUGCUAGAAGUUCCAAAUCUAAAGAGGAAUUACUAUUAUUUUCAUUUAAUUUGGAUGAAUUUGUUACUGUGGAUGAGGUUAUAGAAGACGUAAAUCCUUUUCAAGUGAAGCAGAAUACACUAAAGGGUAAAAGGAAAGAAGCUGUCAAAAAUAACCCUUCUUCUGAACUUAACUUAAAGAAGAAAAAGGGAAAAACUUCUGCCUCACGUGUUGUUGAGGGAGAACUCUCUUUUGUAACAUUGGAUGAGAUCGGGGAAGAGGAAGAUACAGCUGCACAUCUAGCACAGGCUCUAGUCACUGUGGAUGAAGUAAUUGAUGAAGAAGAAAUUAAUGUGGAAGAAAUGGUAAAAAAUUCAAAUUCUCUUCUUACACUAGAUGAAUUAAUUGAUCAAGAUGACUGCAUUUCCCACAGUGAACCUAAAGACGUUACUGUAUUGUCAGUGGCAGAAGAACAAGAUCUUCUUAAACAGGAACGCUUGGUAACUGUGGAUGAAAUUGGAGAAGUAGAAGAGUUACCUUUGAAUGAGUCGGCAGAUAUAAGUUUUGCCACUUUAAAUACUAAAGUAGAUGAGGGAAGUACUGGAGGGGAAGCCAUUGGGUUCAUUUCUUCUCAGAUGCCUGAAGACCCUUCUACUUUAGUUACAGUAGAUGAAAUACAGGAUGACAGCAGUGAACUGCAUUUAGUGACUUUGGAUGAAGUAACUGAAGAGGAUGAAGAUUCUUUGGCAGAUUUUAACAACCUUAAAGAAGAACUUAAUUUUGUUACUGUUGAUGAAGUUGGAGAGGAGGAAGACGGAGACAAUGAUUUAAAAGUUGAGUUAACGCAAAGAAAAAAUGACCAUCCUGCAGAUAAAAGAGGGGAUAGAAAAAAGAGAGCUACAGACACAAAGAAAACAAAACUUGAAGCCUUAUCCCAAGUGGGCCCAGUAAAUGAAAAUGUUAUGGAAGAAGAUCUGAAAGCCAUGAUUGAAAGACACUUUACAGCUAAAACACCAACCAAGAAAGUUAGAAUUGGGAAAAUGCUACAAUCAGAAAAAGCUAUUGCCACAGAACCAGCAAAAGGUGAAGAGGUUUUCCAAAUGACUGAAGUUGAUGAAGAUUCUGAAUUAAAGGAUUCAGAACCCGAACGAAAACGCAAGAAGAUUGAAGACUCUUGUUUAGAAAAAUCAGUGGCAUCUGAUGUCCCUGAAGAUUUAGACUUUCUUGUACCGAAGGCUGGAUUCUUCUGUCCAAUUUGUUCCCUCUUCUACUCAGGUGAAAAAGCAAUGACAAAUCACUGCAAGAGUACACGUCAUAAGCUAAAUACAGAGAAGUUCAUGGCCAAGCAAAGAAAGGAAAAGGAGCAGAAUGAGGCUGAAGAAAGAAGCUCGAGGUGAUUGGGGAAACUGGGAAAAAAUUCAUUAGAAAUUUGUUUAGGGUCCAGUUGAUUUGUGUAUUUUUGUUACCACUUAAUUUGUAAUUUUUGUUUCAGAAGCAGAUAUUCAUGUUGUACAAAUUUCUGAUUGCCCUCAAUGUAGAGACUGAUAGGGAAAGUAUGAUGGGUUUGAUUUUUAUAUCAAAUCAUCAGGCAUGGAGAAAUAUCUUUUAGAAGUGUUGAAAUAAAUGUUCCUACUGUAUAUUUAAAAUACUGUCUUGUGUCUAUGACUGAUUUUUUAAAGAUUUGUUUUGCUUUGCUCAACCAACAAUGUAUAGAUCAAAGAUUUCUAGAGACAAUUCAGUUACAUGUUUGAGCUAGGUAGGGUUGAAUAAAACUUUGCUUGAU